AUGAUAACUAUUCCUUGGUGGAUAUAUAAGCUAACCAGCAGAAACCCGAUAGCAAAUGCCAAGAAUAAUCAACCUCUACCCACAGUCGGCAAGGUAAUGAUGAUAUAUGGAGGUAAUAAUACCCUCUACGAGAGGGCCAUCGAGACCCAUCAGGAACAUAGUCGCCGACUGGGGUAUCCGUUGUUCAUCUUGCAGCGGGAGAUUCUCGACGGCGUAUGGAACAAAUAUGCUAUUCUUCUUUCGGUGCUAUUGCAAGAACUGGCAAAGCCGUCAGACCAACGACUACAAUGGCUAUUUUGGUUCGACAGCGACACAGUAGUCAUGAACCCGCACAUGAAACUCGAGACCUUCCUACCGCCCGUUGAGGCUGACCACGUCCACCUACUCCUCACCAAAGACUGGAAUGGAAUGAACAACGGCGUCUUCCCGAUUCGUGUGCAUCCGUGGUCUGUCCAGCUUCUCUCUGCCGCGCUCGCCUACCCCGUUGUGAAGCCAGAGGUGUUCCUCUUCUGGCCUGACCAGUCAGCACUCGCCAACGUCCUGAACGAGAACGAACACUUCGCCCGGUCAGUGGUGUACUGUCCGCUGCGAUGGUUCAAUGCCUACAUGAGAUCACCGGACGGCGAAUCACUCAAUCCGGACUCGCCCGCAGAACUCCAGUUCCACCCUGGAGACCUCCUUGUUCACUUCCCUGGCACUCCCCGUGAUCAUCUCGCGGAAACAUUAGGCCCAUAUUUGGCCAUCGCGGAGGCGCAUCGAGCCGAAUGGGAGCCCACAGCAGAGAACACUGGAUAUCCGGAGGAGACGGUGAAUUUCUGGAGGAAGCAGAGUAGUAUGCCCUCGAAUGUUGACAGUACACAUUGGCGGGGUGAAAAUUAG